AUGGACAUAAGUUUGCCAAUUAUAGGUGAUUAUACAUUGGAAAAUAAUUUAGAUACUUUUACAGAAGAAGUAUUCUCGAAUGACUUCGAAAUCAUAACUGAUGUUGCAGUACUUCACCAAAAUAGUGAAAUUCAAGAUCAAACACGAAUAUUUGUUGCAAAUGAUCAAAACGGUAACUGCCUUAAAGAAUGGCCCACUAAUCAGACACCGAUAUAUAUCUCUGAAAAAUAUAUCGAAAAGGAAAACAUUAAAAUAAGAAUAAGUAAUAAUCAUGGUAAAGAAAAUAAAGACAUUGGACAAGAAAUACAUACUUCCUAUGACAUAGAAAAUACAAGAGACGCAUUGCUACCAGAAAAUAAUAAUUAUAUAAUGGAUAAUGUGAAAGGCAUAAUGACAGAUUGUAACAUUGAUCCAAUCAAAAAUAACACUGAAGAAGACGAGCAAAAAAAUAUAAAAUCGGUAAAAAGCAAAAUAAAUAUAUUGUCCGAUGUGAUUGUGAAAGCGGAAGAUGUCUCGCCCAUUUUUAAUAAAUAUUUGACUUUGCCUGCUGUAACUAGAACAAAAAAUAAGAUAAAAUCAAUCAAUAGGAUUGGAGCUAUUUCUUGCAAAGAGUGGAGACAAUUUGAAAGAAAAAAAGAAGAGUUGAAGAAUCAAAAAAAAAAUGAAAUAAUAAGUAAGAAACUGAAGAGACUUGAAAUUAAGGCAAGGAAAGAAGAAGAGAAACAAAAAAAGAAAGAAGAGAAACAAAAAAGAAAAGCGGAAAUGCUGUUGAAUUCUAACAAAAGUAAAAAGAAAAAGAACAAUAGGGCAUGCACUAUAAAUAGAAUAAGAUGUAAUAAUUGUGAAGAUGAAAUGACCAGCGAUACCGAAAUCAACGAUUUGAAAAAUAUUGGAUGUGAUAACUGCCCUGCAUGGUACCAUCUAAAAUGCACUGAAUUCGCCGGGGAUAUGUAUGAAAAUAUAUAUAAUAAGAAAUUUCUAUGCCAAAUGUGCAAAGUUAGUGAGAGGCUGACUUUAGGGUAA